CGCCUCAGCCAAUAAGAGGCGGGCCAGGCGGCGGAGAGAGCGCUCCUCUCCGAGAGGCGCCGCGAGGGGGAUGGAGGCGAGCGCGCGAUACCCGCCCUUCCAGCUGGGCAAGUCCCGCUUCGAGCAGACUACCUUUUAUGGGCGAUUUAGACACUUCUUGGACAUUAUCGACCCUCGCACUCUCUUCGUGACGGAGAGUCGCCUUAAAGAAGCUGUGCAGUUGCUGGAAGAGUUCCAGCAUGGGACGUUGCCCUCUGGAGUCACCAACGAAGAGCUGUGGAAAGCGCAAAAAAUAAAACAGGCCAUCAUCCACCCGGACACCAACCAGAAGAUCUUCAUGCCUUUCCGGAUGUCAGGUUACAUUCCUUUUGGAACACCCAUAGUUGUUGGUCUUCUCUUGCCAAAUCAGACACUGACGUCCACCGUCAUCUGGCAGUGGUUGAAUUCUAGGAGCCACAAUGCCUGUGUCAACUAUGCAAACCGAAAUGCAACAAAGCCUUCCUCGACAUCCAAGUUUGUCCAGGGCUACUUGGGAGCCGUCCUCAGUGCCGUCUCCAUCGCAGUGGGCCUUAAUGUUCUGAUUCAGAGGGCAAACCAGUUCUCGCCGGCCACACGGCUCCUCCUCCAGCGUUUUGUGCCUUUCCCUGCUGUAGCCGGUGCCAAUAUCUGCAACGUCAUCCUGAUGAGACAUUCAGAGCUGGAGGAAGGAAUCCACGUCCUGGACAGCAACGGGGAAGUUGUCGGGUCUUCCAGAAUUGCUGCCAAACAUGCACUGUUAGAGACAGCCCUCACCAGAGUGGUCCUGCCGAUGCCUAUCCUGGUUCUACCUCCAAUCAUUGUCUCUAUGCUGGAAAAAACAGCCUUCCUGCGAUCCCGCCCAAGGAUGGUCCUGCCCGUCCAGAGCCUUGUGUGCCUGGCUGCCUUCGGCCUGGCCCUCCCGCUGGCCAUCAGCCUCUUCCCGCAGAUGUCUGAGAUCGAGACGUGGUGCCUGGAGCCCGAGAUCGCCCGAGCCACAGCCAGCAAGACCGUGGUCUACAACAAAGGCCUGUGAGGCUGAGCAGCCCGAGAGAGGACCAGCGCAAGGAGGGACCCCCCGCCAGGGAAGGUGGCUGGCGAGGCAAACACAGCGGCACAGCCUGGCGCUCGUAGCAUAUUCCCUCCGUCAAGAGCUGAGAGUAAAUUAACACUUUCCGAGACUCGGCAUCUCACGUUGGUUGAAAAGAUUAAUAUUUAAAGUUUUAAAUUAGCGACAGUAACAGCAAGAGGCAAGGAGUGAGGGGGGGGGAGCUCGCAAGGGGAGUGCUCCAUCCUGCCUUUGCAGAGCCGCAAGCGGGCAGGCACGGAGGGGAUGGCAGCGACACCUUUCCCCGCGAGGAGCCGCGACUGUGCGGCGCUUUGCUUUCCACCCCUUGCUGCGGCAGAGAAAUCCACUCUUGCUGCGUGAAUUAGGAGGUUUGGGGAGGGCCCCUUGCUAGUGAAAGGGGCCAUUCAGCAGCGCCGGCACCGACGCUCCCUGCCUCUCCCAGCCGCCCACUCAGCAGGGGCUCCCCCACUUUCCACCAUUCCUCCAGUGAAGCUGUUCACCAGUGGGGCACCAGCCCCAGUGACACGGCUGCAGCCCUGGAAUGCUUGCCGGAGCUAGUGAUGGGUCUCCUGUGCCGUUUGGGCCUCAGUUUCCCUCCUGAGAGGUCUAAGGGGUGAGGCAGGAAGCUCCACACAGGCAGGCAGCCCUGGGGCAGAACGGGAGCUCACACCUGCCAUGUGGCUCUGUGCCAUGCGCCACUCCCCCCCCUUCCCCCGUGCACGAGAACCCUUCCCCAGCUGACGCAGCCUCUGCCUAUUGUCCCCGUGGCUUCCUUUGAUGCCUCACUCCUGCGCACCACAGGGGCCUGUGAGAGGAGCAUGUGCAGCACAGGGGGCCACAGGGUGGGCGGGAGAAAGGCCCUGCCCUGGACUUGAAGCUCAGGGAGAGAGGCUGGCGGGCAUUUCUGCACUCCUGCAGAAGCCCACCCCCGAACCCCUUGGUUCCAGGAACAGCCCUGGGCUUUCAUAGUUUCAAAGAAGCUCUGCAGAUUUGCGCCCCUGGAGGGUCUGUCCCAAAGAGCAGCUCAGUUUCUGAUCUUAUCUCUCCCUCCCCCAACCCCCCCGCAGCAGACUCCACACUUCCUGGUACACACCUGUGAGGAGUGUGGGAAAGGGAGCCUGCCCAAAUACUCCGAAAAGGCCGGCUGCGGUCAGAAGCAACAAGAGAGAAAAGGCCGUUUUUGUUAACUCUGCAUUUGAUUUGCACCGGGCUUCUAACUUCACCUGGUCUUGGUUUUGCUGAACUAGACCAUGUGAAUGUCUGCCUGGCGGUUAAGUGAGAGCUGUGACAAGGGCAGCCUCUGUUUUUUUCCCACAAUUUCCACAGGUUUGAAUUGGGGCUGGAAAGGGGACGUUUGGGCAGCAGGCAGCUCCGACAUCCCACCCCCCCUUCCCGUGCAUUCCCCAAAAUUAGUUCUUCAACUCUUUUAGAACUCUUCCCAGAGCCUUCUAAGCACCUUCUGGUCUCAGGAAAGCUGGAGGGGGCUUUGCAUUUGAUGACACACACACACACCCCACACACACGCACAUGUUCUUGCUUUCAGGAGAAAGGGAUUUCAGGUAUACACACACACACACACACACACACGUAUGGAGUGCAACAAUCUAUUUUUUUAAAAUCAGCAGCAUUUUUGAAAGGACAGCCAAAAACUGACCCCAAAUCCCCUGGGAAAUGUCCUCCGAGUCUUCCUCAAAGCUUUCUGCCUUCAUCACAAGAGGAAUGGAAGAGCCCAGACAAUAUCCUGCGGUUGUUUUCCUGCCCUUAUGGCUGGGCCUCCUUGUGCCACUGUCCCCUCUGUUUGAGGCCACCCUCCUGCCAUCGCCCCAUCGAAUCCCAGCAGGGCCCAGGGACGGCAUCCGGCGGUUCAUCUACAACGAGGCAGCCGGCAGCACCUGAACAGACCAACAAACAGCCGCCACACAUUCGCCUAAUAGCUAAUUAGUUUUGCCAUCUCGCUUGGAGCACAAAAGGCGCCUGCGAUCGUCGGGAGCUAGGGCUGCGUUGAGUUUAUCAUUUCCCAUAAUUGGGGGAACGGGAUAGGGGACGGAGCCCACGCCAUGUUGGGUUGCUCACCUCAGUCGCUAAUAAUAAUGAGGUGAUCAUCUCUGUAGCCUUUAAUUAGGAGCUCAGCAGUUAAUUGAUUUCUGGGAGAUGUUAAUUAAGAAAUAAUGAGGACUGUGCGGCAGCAGCAGAAAGAGGCGGUGGAGGACCGGGCUGCCCGGAUCCAUGUCAGCAGCCAAGCAAGCAGCAGAGGGCCGCAGGAGCCACGAUGUCACGGGAACCUCUGAGGUCCACGUCCCAGCAAGUGGGGAUGCUCAGCUGCAGUGGAAGUCUGGGAAGGGAAGGCAGAUUCCCCCCUCUCCCCUGAAGAGAGGACCUCCUCUCCCCUGAAGUGCCCUGGAGCAUGAAGGCCGUCUCCAGCAGGAGAUGUCUCCAGAGCUGCACUGUGCCCUUGGCAGUUUCAUUCUCUGCUGGCCCCUCAGAAGUUUCCACCCCCUAACCAUGGAAGGAAAAAAGCAAAGGAACCCUGCAGAAGAUGGUCCCCUCAGCCCACCAGGAAUGGUGUGAUCAGAGACCUGAUAGCGUGGGACUUCCUGGAGGGAGGGCCUCCCCAUGUUCUACAGGGGCAGGGCAGUUCCUCGGCCUUCGUGGCAGAUCACAGCCAGGUUCAGGGACAGGUGGGCUCUUCCGCAGGCCAGCACCAGUUCUUGGUAGGCUGCUGGGAGCAAGUGGGAACCGAGCAGCAGGGCCAUGGCCCAGAGAACGCUUGGCCAGCCCCAGCGGGUAGGGACCGUGAAGGGGGAAGACUCCCCUGUUGCCUCCUCCUGCACCUCUGCCAGCUUGGGCCCAACCAUGGCACGAGGCAGGCAGAAGGAACAGCAGGAGGACAAAUGCCCAUCCAGGCUCCCAGAGCGUCGGACCGGCCCGUCUGCUGCCCGCCUGGCUAUUGGUGCUGAGAAUGCUGCCUAAGGGCCAGCUGUGGAGUGCUGUGCCUCCUGACACCCCAGUUCUGCUCUCUUGAGGAGCCGGGGGGGGGGGGGGGUGUUCAAAGAUUUGUGGGGCUGGUGAGUGGCAGAUUGAUGCCCCUGUCUUCCCCUGCUGGACCCACUGGGCAGUGGAGGCAGUCAUAUGGCUCUGCAGGGGGAAGCAGGCAUCUCAGCGCGAACUGGGCGUGAUGGGCCUACUAGGAACCAGGGUUGCUUAUGGGCUGGCAACUUCUAGAGAGUUGAGGGGAGGGUCUUGGGAGGGGCGUAGAGUCUGCCCCCCCCCCAAAGCAUCUGUUUUCUCCAGGUCAGCUGAUCUCUGCUGCCUGGAGAUCCAUUUUAAUUCUGGGAGAUCACCAGACCUCACCUGGAGGUUGGCAACUGUAAGAAUAAAUCUUGGGAUGGAUUCUGGGGCUUCUGGGUCAUUGCUGGGUCUGGGGCCCAACUCAGUUAGUUGUGGAAGAAGAAUGAUGUGAAACGGGCAAUGCAGGCCCACCUGCCAAAAGCCCCGGUGGGGCCCCGAAGCACAGUGGGUCUCAGGGUGGCAGCGCCAGAGUCCAACAUCCACCCUCGGGGUGUGUGAGAGAGGCGAGGAGCCCUUGUCCCUUUUCCUUCCGGCCUCUGGCGUUCUGUCCCUGAGCGUCUACAAUCCAGAUGUGGCUGGCGGAGGCAGUGGCGUGCCCGGGGCCUCCGCCCGUCCACUGUCGCCCUCGUGCCUGCUGGUCCUCCCGUCUGCCAUGCAUCAGGGAACACAGCAGGGGGAAUUGGGGGGGGGGGCACUCUCCAGGGCGGAGGGUCUGGUGCGCCAAGCGGCGUCCCUCACACUACACUGGAUCGCCUCCAGCGGUGCGCAGAUCAGGGGGUGCCGGGCGGGCUUUCUGGGGCUCAGGCCUGUCCUCAGGGCCGGGGGAUUCCACCACCCUGAGUGCAUCUUCUUGCCCUGAGGCACUGCACACUAACUCAGAGGGACUGGGGUGGGGGGGACCCUCUCCCCUGAGCUGUCACUGGUCUUCCAGCGGUUGUGAUGACCCAGCUUUGCGCGAGCGCAGACCUCUGUGCACAGCCGUCAACUCUGAAGUGCACUCCAGGUCUUUUUACCCUCCUCAGUAGAUGUAUUGGAGAUGGCAGUUGAUGUAACACUACUAAGCGCCUAGAAUAAAAGCUAGUGCAUUGA